GCAAUUCUCUGUGCCCGCCUCCGAGCCGUCGGAAGCACCUGAUUGGUCAGUCUGUUUCCGGCUCGGGGCGGGGAUUGGCUGAUUGGCAGCAAAGCACCGGGACGGCCAAGCUAGGAACCUGAGUAACUCAAAAAGGCGCCGGCUGUCGCGCGGUCGGGGUUCAUCCACGUCAUGGCAUGUAUCAGAAUUUCAUUUCUCUUUAUGGCUGAAUAAUAUUCCAUGUGUGCUUUAUGGACCAUGUGCUGCUUUGUAUGCCUGAAAUACUUGAAAUGCAGAUUUGGAGAGACUGAGCCAUCUAAAUGCUUGGCUGGAUUAAGCGCCUAGUUAGAAUGGUGUUUCAACAAGUUGGAGUAAGCAUGCAGUCGGUACUUUGGUCUGGGAAGCCAUAUGGUUCAUCUCGAAGUAUCGUAAGAAAAAUUGGUACCAAUUUAUCUCUGAUUCAGUGUCCAAGAGUUCAGUUUCAGCUUACCAGCCAUGAAGCAGAAUGGAGUUCCAGCCACCCAGGAGAGGAUGCAGUGGCAUCUUUUGCUGAUGUUGGAUGGGUAGCCAAAGAACGAGGAGAAUGUUCAACAAGAAUAAGGACAGAAGUUAGGUCAAGACAUCAGCUUCAGGAUGACCUUACUUUUUUUGAGAAACCCCCAAGCAGGCAGGUCUCCUUAUCAAACCUGUCUCAGGAAGAGCCUCCACCGAGGACUGCAGCGCUGGCGAGCGAGGAAGCCCUGCAGAAGAUUUGUGCUCUUGAAAAUGAGCUUGCUGCCCUCCGAGCCCAGAUCGCCAAAAUCGUGACCCUGCAGGAGCAGCAGACUCUCACUGCAGGAGACUUAAAUUCUACCGCAUCUGUUACCACAGCACCACCCUCUGUCCUGCCACCUCCACCGCCACCACCGCCACCCCUCCCUUCAGCAGGGUUCCACCAAGGUAGAUCUGCCAUCGAUCUCAUUAAAGAGCGAAGAGAGCAGAAAGCCAGCGCUGGAAAGAUUUUGGUUAAAAACAGUCCAAAGAAACCCGACAUGCCAAAUAUGCUAGAAAUCCUGAAAGAUAUUAAUAGUGUAAAACUUCGGUCAGUAAAGAGGUCCGAGCAAGAUGUCAAGCCCAAGCCGGUGGACACUGCUGACCCUGCUGCCCUCAUUGCAGAGGCUCUGAAAAAGAAAUUUGCAUUUCGGUACCGAAGCGAGGUCGAUAAAGUAACCCCAAAGUCUGAGUCAGAGACCACCUCAGAAACAGUGUUGUUUGGACCACACAUGUUGAAAUCUACAGGAAAAAUGAAGGCUUUAGUUGAAAAUGUUUCCAGUUCCUAAAUAGACAAUGAGCUGAGAAAGACCACUCUUGUUCAGCUGUUGGUUUAUUAAGGCUACAUUGGCUAGUAGAAAUCAACACUGUUUAGUAAAUAUCUGACUGUAGCUUUCAGUGACCUCCUUUUAAAUCUAAAUAGAGGAUUAAGCAAUAACAGAGGCACUAAGUUUUCGGUUUUUUGCUUUUUAUAACCCGGGUGUAUUCUGACAUGUUUUUAAUGUGUAGUCUGCAUGUUCGGAUUAUUAGUCUUGAAACCAGUUAUAUGGAUUUCAGAACAUAGGAUAUUUGUGGGUGUUACUGUGAGGUUUUAAAUUCCCAAACACUAAUUUAUCUGUACAAAUGUUUUAUAUGCAUAUGUUUGGAUAUAAAACAGUUUAUGUUAAAUUAGUAAUGACGGCAAUGAGGGUACUGUUGUUAUCUUCAUUCGUGUUCAGUGAUAAUUUAUAAUACAAUGAUGGAACAGCUAGUGUAACAUAAGUUGUUGCAGUGAAAUAUUUGAGAUUGGAAUCUUCUUGCCUUGAACAGAACUUAUAUCUUAGAUUCUUUCUCACAUUUUCUUGGAGGUGGGAUUUGAGUAGGAACAAGAUGAUGUUCACUGAUGAAAUUCCAUAAUGCUUUUUUUAAGGGAAGUAGAGGACCGGGAGAGUUGCAUUUACCACAGUGCCGUUGCGCUGAGGAAGGAAAUGUAGUUGUCAAAUGGUGAGGAAUCAAAUUAGUGAAUUAAAUCCCUUGUCAAAUAAAAACCCGAAUGUAUCAUCUUCUUUUAGUUUAAUAAAUGGCAUCAUAAAGA